AUGAGUGGGACAGAAACGGAGAUGAAGGUCUCCCCAGAGAGGGCACAGGCCCUGGCCAGUCAGCUCCGUGCCGUCACCGAGCGCAUCCAGUCCGCAGCCAAGGGCCGAUCUGUCAGGCUCGUGGCCGUGUCCAAGCUGAAGCCGGCAAAUGACAUCCUGGCCCUGCACAACGCGCCCGUCGGCCACGCGCACUUUGGCGAAAACUACGCCCAGGAGCUGUCGCAAAAGGCCCAGGUGCUCCCGCGGUCCAUCCAGUGGCACUUCAUCGGCGGCCUACAGUCGACGCACUGCAAGAGCAUCGCCAAGAUCCCGAACCUGUGGUGCGUGUCGAGCGUCGACACGCUGAAGAAGGCCCAGCUUCUCGACCGCGCCCGCGGUCAGGCCGGGGAGCCGCCCCUCAACAUCCACGUCCAGGUCAACACGUCUGGCGAGGAGUCCAAGUCGGGCUGCGCGCCGGGCGAGGAGACGGUCGCCCUGUGCCGCGCCGUCGCCUCGGACGAGUGCCCCAACCUCCGCCUGCUGGGGCUCAUGACCAUCGGCGCCAUCGCGAGGUCCCGUGCCACCACGCCCGAGACGGAGAAUGAGGAUUUCGUAUGCCUGAGGGAGCAGCGCGACUUGGUGGCCAAGGAGCUGGCCUUGGAGGGAGAGCUGGAGCUGAGCAUGGGCAUGAGUGACGAUUUUGAGGGCGCCAUCUCUAUGGGGAGCCAUGAGGUCCGCAUAGGAAGCACAAUUUUUGGUGAAAGGCCAGCAAAGGCUGAUGCAAAAAUUAUCGAGUGA